AUGGAGACCAAACCAUUGGACUCCUUAAAGGAUUCAGACUUUUUCGCGGGAAAGAAGAGAUUAGCAUUUCUUGAUUUAUUACUUCACCAGCAUUUGGUGGCAAAUACGCUGACACUGGAGGACCUGCGCGAAGAAGUCGACACAUUUAUGUUUGCGGGACACGACACGACUGCACAGGCCAUCAGUUGGACACUAUAUAUGUUAGGACUUCAUCCGGACAUACAGACACGAGUGCGAGAAGAAGUCGAUUCAAUUAUGGACUGCCAUUCCGAUGACGAGGACUGUAGCCUCGAUGACCUCAAACAGUUGAAGUACUUGGAGUGUGUGCUGAAAGAAGUGCAGCGCCUGUAUCCGACCGCACCAUUCAUUGGUCGCGAGUUGAGUGAAGACACUUACAUA